AUGCGUCCGCAAACCAUCCGAUCUUUCGCUCUUCUCGGCGCCUGCUCUUUCGCAGCAGCCAAUGAUAUUGUCUCCCUCAUCAUUCCCGCUGCGGACGACCAAGAGCUUGUCGGCGAGGUUAUUGGCAACGCUGGUCCAACAACAACCUACCGGAUCUUCUGCCCUGAGACCCUUGAUGAAACCGAGUGCGGCGUCAACUCAAAUGGUUUGACGGUUGCCGCGGCGCCCACUGCGUUUGUCUACGAAUAUACAUUCGAAGACUACUACCUUAGAGAAAGCUGCAAGCACAGCGGCACAACAUGGUUCUCCUGCCAAGUGACAAACACGCAAUCCGACAUGUCCAUCGUCACCAGUGCCACUGUAGACGAAGCUAUGCCCUACAUAGCCGUCACUAUCACCGCAACCGUAACGGACGCUGACGCAGAUACCACCACUACUCCGACGGCCACUGCUUCUACUUCGACAUCUGACUCUGACUCCGAGGCUUCGUCAACUACUAGCUCCGGCUCCGCUUCUGUCACACCCGCUCCGUCCCAGUCCGCUUCAAACACCACCACCGCGGCUGACCCUGAGGAAACGACACCCGACAAUGCGGCCAUGCCCCUGGCUGCUGGAUCCGCGGCUCAGUGGAUUGUCAGUGGCGCCGGUAUGCUGGUGGCGUUGGCUCUGGCGUAA